UAGUUACACUGUAGCCUAUAUACCUACAAGGCUUGUCUGUAUCUCAAUUCAUAUUGUGGAACUAUUCCGACUAUCCUCAACCUAUCAUCAAAUUGGUGUACUUCAAUCCAUUUGGACUACCUUCGUAUUUAGUUUAAUCUCGGUAUUAAUUGUCAAUAUAUGCAGUCUCUUCGUCAGGGCUGAAUAACUGAUUCCUCUUAGUCUUUCUCCUUUUGUGCCAUCAAUGGAAUCAUCUUUGCAAUGAAAAAAAAAUAAUGUGGUAACUGUGGCUUCAGUUUGUUUGAGAUUACAAUAUUGCUGAUCAGGCCAUAAUUCGUGCCGACCCGAUUGAUCUCCAAUCCGUCGAAGGGGUGAAAACUGUCAACAGUGCUCGGAUUUUAAGGCAAAAUAAGCUUGACCAAGGAGAUCUUACUAAAGAGGAUUCCAAGCAUCAUGUUAUCCAUUACUUCAUACAUGUCAGAUUUUCAACUAACAACUAUUGCAGUAUGCGUUCUGUGUGUCACCGUUACCACCUUAAUAUGGUGUCUGUGGAUUAGACGAUCCCGGACACCGCGACGAAGGCAGAGUAGGAUUGACAUGGAAUAUGCUGUCAAGUUUUCUUAUCCUCGAAGAUUGACUCAAUCCGGGACUGGUAACGGUGAGGCCACGACUGACAAAUCCUCCGCAAUUGUGUCUAUUACUCAAUAUACUCCGGAAGUUCAUCCACGAUCCGAUAGCCUCAGAGCGGGAAACUCCAUUCCUCCUCUUCCUCCUCCUGAAACGAAGGCCAGUUAUGAGGGGAUAUCAGCUAUUGAAUACAAACACAUGGAACCGAAGCCAUCACCAGCCGAACAUCAACAAGAAGAUCGAGAUGAACAACGAAAUGAACAAGUAGAUGAGGCUUUAAAAGGGGUAGAAUCAACCAAACUGGAGGAUAAUCCUAAAACUUUCCAGUCCCAAGAUUCUACCCAGUCUCAUGGCUACGCACAAGGGGCUACUAUAGGCCCUGUAUCCGUUAAUGAAUUUGUAGACCACGUCAAGGAAAUGAAGAAAGACACUGGAUUUUUCGACGAUGAAUGGGCCCGAUUAUAUGACCAUAGAUACAUGCCACAGUCAUUUGCAUUAAUGGAAGCAAACUUCAAGAAGAAUCGAUACAAGAACAUUCUUCCGUAUGACCAUACGAGAGUCAUCCUUGAUUUAAUCAAUGGUGAUCCUAACAGUGAUUACGUCAAUGCAAGUUAUAUUCAGAGUUUCUCAAAAGAAAACACAUACAUUGCAUCCCAAGGACCUAACGCGACUUCGAUAUCAGAUUUUUGGAGGAUGGUUUGGCAGAAAGAGAUAGAGACUAUUGUCAUGGUAACCAAUCUGGUGGAUAGGGGCAAGAUAAAAUGUGAGAAAUAUUGGCCUGAUCAGGGAGAGGAACUAUUUUUUGAGGAUAUGAUAGUGAGUUGUGAAGCGGAGAUCCAUGGGAUACAUGACGCCAGACGAUCACUCCUCAUUCACAAGGGCGAUGAGAUUCGUAUCCUGGAACAUUUUCAUUUCACACGCUGGCCAGACAAAGGAGUGCCGAGGAACGUUUCAGUACUACUCAGAUUCAUACAAGAAGUUAAUACAUCACAUGACCAAAAAUCUACACCCCUAUUGGUUCAUUGUAGUGCUGGCGUUGGUCGUACAGGAGUGGUGAUCGCAUUGGAUAACGAAAUGAGAAGAUCCAAACAAACUGGUUUUGUCGAUAUCUUCAAUUUUGUCAAAUCGAUGAGACAGUGUAGACCUCAGAUGGUACAGACACCGGAGCAAUACGAAUUCAUCCAUGACGCCAUGUUGGAAUAUCUUGUUGGUCACGACACUAUGAUACCACGUGACCGAUUCGUGGAACACCUCACUGAGAUGGAAAACAAACCUGAAGAAGAUGGCGCUGUUUCAAAGUUACACCAAGAAUUCAGGAUCCUGAAUCAAGUCUGUCAUGAGCCACCGAUUGAUGCCAGUAACAUGGGGAGAAUGGAAGAAAAUUCAUCAAAGAAUCGAUACCAAAACGUCCUUCCUCGAGACACACAUCGACCUCUUCUGAUAUCCUUCAGUACCAAUUCAUGUUCGGAGUAUAUCAACGCAACAUUCUGUCAGGGAUACAAAGAUCGUGAACGGAUCAUUACGACUCAGAUGCCCCUCCCACAGACGGUUACGGACUUUCUACGACUGAUCUACGAUUAUCGUAUUAGCACCGUCGUCAUGCUUAACGGGCUCUCGGACGAAGACAGUUCUUCUAUGUACUGGGACGGGGAUAAUCCAAACAUUCUUCUACCAUUUUCAAUCGAUGUAUUGGACGUCGUGAAAUCUGAUCAUUGGACAGAACGUACGAUAGAACUCAAACACAGAAAGAACACCAGGGUUGUUCAACAUUUCCAAUUUCAAUCGUGGGAGAAAGUGGAUUCUACAGAAUUCUACCAGACAUUACUUGAUUUUAUGAACAUCGUAACCUGUCAACAAGGCGAUGAUAGUCCAAUUCUUGUUCACUGUUUGAGUGGGGUUGGCCGGACUGGUGUAUUUUGUGUUGUGAAGAUGUGUCUUGACCAGCUGGAGUAUGAAGAUGCAGUGGACGUAUUUCAGAUUGUCAAGACCCUCAAGAAUGAUAACUUUCAAAUGAUACAGAGUUUGGAGGACUACAGGCUGUGUUAUCGCAUCUUGAAUCAUCUCAUGGCGAUGUCACAAGACUCUACUUUUCAAUCUGUUCAAGAUUUCCAGAUGGAGAAGGAGGAAUGUCUGUCUGAGUCUCUGUCGGCAAAGACAGCUGAUGAUGGUGGUGACGUUGACGGUGAUGAUGAUAAUGAGGAGGAGGAAGAUGAUGACGUAGAUCCCAAUGCAUACUACGUUCAUACCGAUGAUGAUGACGAUGAUGGUGGUGGCAAUGGUGAAGAUCAAAAUCUAACAGAAGAAAUAACUGAACUUUAACAAUGAGAUGGUUGUUAUUUAGUACCAUUCGUAGCCUAAUAUAGUCCUUGAUGACUUCAGAGCGCUGUCACUGUAAGACUCCAAUAAUAAUUGUGGGGGGUUCCAAUGACGAACAAAGACAUUAUCAGUGGGUUAUGCAAUGAACCAUACUGUGUUGUUGUGUCAUUGCAUGAAUUAUUUUUGUUAGGCAAUACUUGAAGCCACCAAGUUAGAAAUUAAUUUCCACAAAUACAGCACCAAACCACAUUGGUCUAUAUUUUAAUUAAAUGAAUCGAUGUGGGAACGAACGGGUUUCUCGCAUAGUUGAGAAUCAUCAGAUGAAAUAUCGUUUUGGUGAAUUAUGUAGGUCAUAUGUUGUUUCUAGCAACUGUCUAACGAAAACAUCUCAAAAAAUCAUCGCAAAUGUUUGUUCGACCUGGGCCCUAAUGCAUAAAAAAAAAUAAUAAAACAAAAUAUUAUUAUUUCAGAAAAUUACAUAAACGUUGACAGACGACCCUAGCAUUUUCAAAUUGGCGAUGUUUUGCAUGUAUAUAGUUAAAUCUCUAAAAUCUCACCUACAGCAUUUGCAGCUUAAGAUUUGGAGCGCAACGAAAGAGUGCCUGAUUAAUGUGUGAAUAUUGUCAAUCCAAACCUGAUAUGAAGGAUUGUCUUGUAUUAUUAUGAAAUUAUUUAUAUUGGUAGUUAUGUAACUUUUCAUUUUAUAUAAUGAAAUAUCUGAUGAAAUAUUUUGAAGAAAAACGAGGUUAUGCUUGAUCACCUCUGUAUUAUAGCAAGAGGCAGGCGAUCCAUAAUGCUUGACUGGUAAGUCGUGGUGAUCCCAAUCACAUGAUUAGUCGAUAUAGUGUACACGUGGCUAUGCCUUUAUUUUGCCCGAAACGUUGAAUUCAUUAUGACUGGCCUUUGGCAUACUGUCAAAUUAAAAAAAGAUCCACAAUAUAUUCUAAAAGAAAAAUAAUGAUAACAAACACCACUGUUUGUUUAUGAUCCACACUCGGUACUUUCCAAAACCUGAACACACUGAAGUGCGUAUAAAAAGACGGGACAAUUUUGAAAAAAAAAAUUAUACGCACUGUAUAAGCUCUCUGGCUUCUUCGGCGUCUUAAAAAUUAGGUACAUUGUGUGAGUUUGUUUAUACUAUCGCUUCAAACUCCUCACGCUCUGGCGUUGAUAACGAUCCUCUAUUCAUAAUUGCAAUAUAUACUUGUAAUAUGAUCCGUCAAUAUAUGAAUUCGUGCAGAAACAAAAUGGCAAUUAUAAGUUGCAAAAGGGCCUUAUUCUCUUGUUGAUUUUACCUUCUUACAUUAUCACAGGUUCAUAGUGUGUACCGAGUCAAUGUUUUAAUUCAUUUGGAACUCAUUUAGCAGUUGAAUGUUAAUGGGUUUUGUUUUUAGAAAUGUGAAGUGUAAAGGUGUAGGACUACUUAAAGCAUGGAUGGUGUUUUGAGUAUUUUGACAGGACAUCAUUCAUGGGACGUCAUUUGUUUGUUCAAUGAUUACGUAGAGUUACUUGACCUAGACCUCUCAUUCGAUGUCCAUAUUUUCCCCAUUUUCAUUUUCACACCUUUAUCUUGCUCUCUUUCAUAUUUGGUCUACUCUUUUCUUCCAAAACAAAUUGAGUAUUGACACCCCCCCCCCCCCAUAAUUGUAGCACAGCAAUAUCCUCUCUUGUGCAGUCCUGAAUGUUUAGCUUUGCAAGAUCAUGUGGCAUUGGUUUGUGCGUUGUGUGACACCAAAUGACACCAUAAGAAACGUUACAGACACACAGUUAACAUUGAAGUUAACCGUUGUAUAUAGGGGACCAAAUGGGUCAUUUUACUCUGGUGUUAAAUUUACAGUGUUUGUUCAACACUAUAUUAUACAUUUUUUGUUGUUACUUCUACACCUUUUGUGUUGUUUUUUAAUCUCUAUGGUGUAAUCUUAACACGCCAGGUUAUAGUCCUCUAGGGACACCAAAUGGUUUUGAUUUUAACACCUAGUUUCUACAGUGUAACACGACAUGAGAGUGAAAAAUAACAACAACCAUGAUAUCCCACUGUACACGAUUUCAUCAUGGUUCAUUUUUAUAUACCAUUCAGUGUUAAUGGAGGUUAGUGGAGUAGUAUCAUGUCAUUUUGAGUUUUUCUUCUUGUCUGGGUAUACAUGAAAUUGUUAUUUCUAUGAAUAAGAAAACUAUUGAAAUCGCUUACCUGGUAAAUUACAAAAUGAUCAUUAAAUCAAAUGGCAAGUGAACCUAUUGGACCAAAUGGUAAAUAGACCAAUGGAAAUUGAACUAAUUCUCACCCCCCCCCUAUCCACCCCCCUUUACCUCUCUCUUUCUUUCUAUCAUACUAACAGUUUUGCAAUAAUUGAAAUUCACAGAAGUUAUUUUGGACAGAAGUUGUUUUUUUUUGUAAUAAAUUAAAGAUUGAGCACUCUUAAA